AUGGAGGAGGGGAAGAACCCUGGUACUUACAUUGGGGAUGUAGCUGCUGACUCACAUCUACUGGAUCAAGUCCCUUACCAAGAACAUCACGAAUUUCAAGAUAUUUACGAGUUCAAAGUAUUGGUGGAAGAUAACGGAACACCAUCUUUGAAUAACACUGCAGAUGUCGUCAUUGAAGUUACAGACGAAAAUGAUAAUUCUCCUUAUUUUACUUUUCCGAGUGUUAACCCUUACAGCUUAGAUGUCCUCUACUACCCACACCAUACAAAAAACAUCACUAUCCUGAAAGCAACUGAUAAAGACAGUCUCGAGAAUGCUUUUCUAUCAUAUGAAAUCGUCAGAGGAAAUGAUAACAAAAUCUUUGCAGUUAACCGCUACUCUGGUUUACUAUCUUUCAAUCGAGAAGCCAACCAACAUGAUGCGGGGGCUCAUGACUUACAGUUUGUUGUGAAGGAUAGUGGCAUUCCAACACUUUCAGCAAGUACUAAUCUCUCUUUAGUCCUUACUGUAAGCAACUUGACUUCUGAAAUGUUCAAUGCUACACACAUUCAGCUGAGUGAAAAAAUCCAUCAGUAUUUACUGAUUGUCAUUGUGCUUGUAGCUGUAACUCUGGCUGUGCCCAUUACAGCCAGUCUUUCGAUUUGCUGUAUUCGAUGCAAUGAACGCCGGAAAGCCCCACGUAAUGGCCGACUGAAAAUUUCAAAGAAAAAACUGGACCAGCAGCGACACUUAAUUGUUCAUCCACAUCUGGCCACUGCAUGGUCUGAAGUUGCCAUUGUCAGGUCAGCUGAAGCAAACGGAGUAAGACCUGCUCAACCAGCUCGACAAAAGCAAGCCCAGUCAUCUGAUGAAAACUUGAACCAAACAAGGAAAAGUUCUACUUUGACAAUGAAACGUCAAAAAGCUUCAGAUAUUAUAUAUCAGGAAAUAGACACUGAAGAUACGAAUGAACAAACCCAGUUUAUAAUUCCAGAUGUCCAAAGAGAGUUGAAAUCUGCAAAAACUGACAGUGAAGAUGGUUGGAGUGAUGCAGAAUUAAAAGCUGCACAGCAACUAAAAGAUCUCUCUUCUUCUGACUACAUUGAGCCUCAUUCUUCAGACAAAGACCAAAUUUCCAGCAGAUGUGAGGCAUCUUCUCAAGAACCGUUACUCUUCUCUGUCGACAGUGGAUUCAACACACCAUACGGCAUUGUUCCUUUCCCAGAAGCUGCUGCAGUGUAUCGCUACUUAGAAAAUGUUUCGAUCUGA